GCGCCGGGCCAUGAGGAUGGGCAGCGCGGGGUCGGCGGGCAGGGAGGAGCGGCUGCCCUCCGCGGCCGAGGAGCAGCUGAAAGGCGGGGACCAGAUGCUGGAGCUGAGCGGGCGGCACCUGAAACAGCUGCCAGGCCCCGUGUGCUCCCUGGUCAGCCUGCAGAAGCUGUACAUCAGCGGCACGGGGCUGCGCGAGCUGCCCGAGGAGAUCGAGGAGCUGCGGGAGCUGCGCAUCCUGGCCCUGGACUUCAACAAGCUGGAGGAGGUGCCCGAGGGGCUAUGCCGCCUGCCUCGGCUCACCCGCCUCUACCUGGGCAGCAACCGCCUCUUCGGGCUGCCAGCAGAGUUUGCCCAGCUGCAGACUCUGCGCUGCCUGUGGAUCGAGAGCAACUAUCUGUACCAUUUCCCCCGGGCCCUGCUCCAGAUGCCAGCACUGCAGUCCCUGCAGAUGGGCGACAACAGGCUCAAAACCCUGCCCAGCGGCCUGCCGCGGAUGUCUGGCCUCCGGGGCCUGUGGCUCUAUGGGAAUCGCUUUGAGGAGUUCCCACCACCUUUGCUCCGCAUGUCCCAGCUCCACAUCCUCGACCUCGACCGCAACAAAAUCAUCGAGUUCCCAGACCUGGCCCACCUGCAACAGCUGCGGCUCUUUUCCUAUGACCACAAUCCGGUGAAAGUGCCGCCCAGUGUAGCUGACUCUGUCACCCUGGUGGGCGAUGGGGCCCAAGAGCUGAUGGAGGCCAGGGAGGAGCGUCUCCAGAGCCUCCGGGAGCAGGAGGAGCAGGAGGAGCAGGAGGAGGAUGGCUCAGAAGCUGUGCGGGGGGCCCUGAAGAACGACACCUCUCUGCUGGAGGAUGCUGAGGGCAGUUUCUCUGCCUUGGAGUGUUCUCCAGAGGAGACCUGAGCUGAGUACCCCUGAAAACAGGGUUGUGGCUCAGAAUAUCUGGUGGGAUCCACUCAUGUGAAGCUGCAAGGGGCUGGGACCUUCUCUGGGUCCACCAUGGGCACCACCAAUUUCCACCUAGGACCACCAGUCCAGGGAGUCUCUCUCUCUCCUUUCAAGUGACAUACCACUGAUCAAAGGGGUCACCAUCUCUUUUCUGGGACCGGGGCAGCAGAGAGGGCCACUGUCUGUGUACCAGAGUCCAAGGAAAUCACUGUACCCUUUUAGACAUCCUGCCUACCCACAGGGCUUGGGGAUUGGGAGGGGAACACACAAUGCUGCAGCAAUGGAUAAUCCCAGUAACCCAGUUCUUUGGAAGGAUGUUCCCCAUUUGAGAUGGGAUAUCGAGCUGUGUUGGCUUCCUCCAAGUAGCCAGCCUGUGGUGGAAGCAUGAUUCUGAAUUGACUUUGAUAUGACAAGUGGAGGCUGCCUGCUACGUACCUAAACGUGAAUCCUGCUCUGAAGCAUCUGGCCCAUCGCAAUGGGCCUUGGAUGCAUUAUAGGAAAAAGCCAUGCUUUUUAAAAUUAUUUCCCUUGGACUCUCUGCCCUGGAGGGCUGCAGGGUUUGAAUAUAAAUGUAAAACCUUUUCUCGUCCCAGAGAUUCCUACCCUGCUACUGGAAUUAGACUUGGAGAGAAACCUCCCCCGAGCUGCUCCUUCCAGCUGUCAGGUUUGAAAAGAAGCUGAUGUAAAAGCCUUGUUUGUGCGCAGAGCUCACUGUCUGUCCUGGAAAGGGUUUUGCCUCUGCUCUUUGUAUGGUGGGAAAAGGAGCCUCCGUGUGCUGCUUCACAGGCUGCCUGGACUUUCCAUUCCCUUAAAUGGGCACAGAAGGAAAAGCUGAGGAAGAAACAGCGUCGUAUCUGAGUGCAGUGACUUGCUCAGUGUCAUCCAGCGAAUCCACGGUGGAAGUGGAAAUAGAAUUCAGGAGUCUCGGUUCCUCAUCCCGACUGCAUGGGCUGGGUUGGCUGGUGUGCUGGUAAGAGCUGAAUCAGUUUGACUGAGACUCUUGGGAGCUGCAGAGUCAUAGUUCAGACCCAAGUUGAGCAGUGACUCUCUGAAGACACACAGCCCCCAGCGUUGAUCUCACUUUCACUCCUCCACAGAUGAUGACUUUAACUCCCAAAGUCAAUUGGCUGGGCUUAGGCUGGCUGUGAUGUGACUGUGGCUCUGGGCAAAACUGGCCUUUGCUAUCACAUCCCAAACAAGUUCCUUGCACGAAAAUGGGGACAAUAAAGGUUAUUUUGGACCCAGAAUACCUCCGUGAUUUGUGACUGUUAUUUCUACUGUGGUGCCAAACCAGCUUUUAAGCAUAUGCACUUUCCCCCAUGAAUUUACACACAUGCUGAGAAUUACCCAUGAGCUUAAGUAUGUGAGUGGACUAGGGACCUGUAUUUCCAUGCCUGUCUCUCAUUCAUAGUGGAGAGCCCUGUGGCUUUUCCUAGACCUAAUUGUGAGGGCUCUUUGAGAUUUGAAUAAGAAGCCUGCCCCUUUGCUUUUUCCGCUGUCCAGUGAAAGCAACCUUGUGGCAUCACAACUGUAAGCAUGAGUUCAGCCAGUGAUGCCACAGUGGCAGAGUUAUGACUGGAGUUGGUAGAACUGGAAAAAAACAAACCCUGAUUCUUGGAUAUUUUUGGGACUCAGAGACCAUUUCAGCUCACUCUGAUUCAUGGUGUUGUAUUACCCAUAAUUUGUGUUUGGUCAAAGGCCAAUUUUAGCACAGCGUGGUGCAGAAAUACAUCCAAGGAAGUUUAUUUAUUCAUUUUUUUUCUUCUCUUGAAAGCAUUUUGGUCAUCCAAUCAGUGAAGCAGAAACAGUUAUCAUGCGAUUUAGGUGACCAAUUACACACACCGAAUAACAGAGAGGAGUUGAGGCAGUCUGCUAAUUAUCCAAGCUAUGGUGAAUCCUUACGAGCAACAUAUACUUCAGAAGCUAUGAGGAUGUAGUUCAUGAACAAUUGGCUAACUCUAAAAAGCAGCUAACUUUAGACCAAAAAUUACUCAUAACAUAGUUUGACUAGCUCUAGCUCUGACUCUCCUGAAGGCUCAGGGAGAGGCAAAAAAAAAAA